CUCGCUCCUUUCCCAGGCAUUCCUCGGAUUCUGUCAACCGUACGCUACGUGGCGCGUGUCUCUGCGUACGCUAGCGAUUUCUCCUAAGGCUUCGCGUGUUUGUGCCUCAGAGUUUGGAGGUCAGGAGUAAUGUACUCUAAUGAGAUGGAUUAUGGUCGGGGUGGCGACACAGUGUUAAUCAAUACCCGGUUUGUAUGGCCAUAUGGUGGAAGAAAUGUGUACUUGAGUGGGACAUUCACAGGAUGGUUACAGUGGCCAAUGACUCCUGUGGAGGGAUGUCCUUCUGUAUUUCAAACUAUCUGUAGCCUACCACCUGGUUAUCACCAGUAUAAAUUUGUUGUUGAUGGUGAAUGGAGGCAUGACGAGAACCAACCUUUUGUUACGGGAAAUUAUGGAACUGUAAACACUAUCAUCUUGCCUAGAGAAACUGACUACAAUCCUCCAGCAAAUGCUGGCCAGAUUGCUCCUAUUUCCAACAUGGAUGUGGAUAACGAUACAUUCCAGCGUGUGGUUAGGGUGUCAGAUGGUACCUUAAAUCCCAUAUCAAGAAUAACGCAGACGGAUAUAGACAGAUCUCGUCAACAUAUAGAUGCAGUCUUGUCUGCACAUGUAGCUUAUGAGUUGCUUCCCGAGUCAGGAAAGGUCAUUACUUUAGGUGUUGAACUCCCUGUAAAGCAGGCAUUUCAUAUCCUGCACGAGCAGGGUAUUCCCAUGGCUCCACUUUGGGAUUCUAACAGGGGAAAUUUUGUUGGAGUUCUAAGUGCAUUGGAUUUUAUCUUGAUCUUGCGGGAGCUUGGAACUCAUGGGUCCAACCUCACAGAAGAGGAACUUGAGACACACACUAUUUCUGCUUGGAAAGAAGCAAAGUCUUACUUAAACAGACAAACUAAUGAGAGAAGAGGAACAGCUCUUAGACCAAUUGUGUCUGCUGGUCCAGAUGAUAACUUGAAAAAUGUUGCUUUGAAAAUUUUACAAAAUGGUAUAGCAACAGUUCCCAUCAUUCAUUCUUCAGCAGAAGAUGGAUCAUAUCCACUGCUGCUGUAUCUUACUUCCCUGUCUGAAGUACUAAAAUAUAUUUGCAGGUAUUUCAGGCAUUCACCAGCAUCUCUGCCCAUUCUUCAAUUCCCAAUCAAUGCAAUACCUUUGGGCACCUGGGUUCCUAAUAUUGGAGAGCCAAAUCCACAGCCUUUGGCAAUGUUGAGACCGACCGACUCUCUUAGCGCCGCAUUGGAUUUAUUAAUUCAAGCUCAAGUUGGUUCAAUUCCCAUUGUUGAUGAGAAUGACUCAUUAUUGGAUAUAUAUUCCCGAAGUGAUAUUACAGCUUUGGCGAAGGACAAAAUCUAUACACAUAUCAAUCUUGAUGAAAUGACAAUUCAUCAGGCACUGCAACUCGGAGAGGAACCAUACCCUUCUUCUCCCUACGUGGUCGGCAAUGAAAGAUGUCAUAUGUGCUUGCGUUCUGAUCCACUCCAUAAAGUAAUGGACAAAUUAUCAAAGCCAGGUGUGAGACGGCUUGUAAUUGUGGAGGCCGGAAGCAAGCGUGUCGAAGGUAUCAUAUCUCUUAGCGAUGUAUUUCGGUUCUUGCUUGCAUAGGCGGAGAGGUGUUGAGUUUGACUACCCUAUAAGCCCUUGGCGAUCUAAUCUUUUAAUUCUUUAAUGUAUACACAGCUGGAUUGGCCUGUUUGCCCGCUGCUGCUUUUUAUUUUUAUUAUGUUGUCUUAGGCUUCAAAAUGAGGCGUGCUGUAAAUUGACAUAUUUGUUUUAUUUGAUUUUCAUUUGUUUUUAAUAUUGUAGUAUUCUCUCUAUAAACUUCAGUCACUUUUCUUCUACGCAGCUAAGACGGCUGGCCAAUUAUCAUCUAAACUGUAGGGGCUAUGUAAAUUCAUUGGUCUGGGUAUGAGGCAAUGUAUUUAAGUUUGCCUUUUUGUUGUUUUCCCCCUAACUUUACCAUUUGGUGACUUGGUGUCUUUCAAUAGCUG